GGUUUUUUUUUUUUUAAUCAUACGGAUUGGGUUCGAGAGUUCGUGUUUGUGUCGAUCCUUUGGUUUAUGUAAGGAGGAGAUAGGACAGUUGGGAUGGUCUCCUCUGAGGGAGGAUAGAGGCUGGCUGCUCGGCCCGGAGACACGCAGUGAGGACAUGGGUGAGGCUCAGUCAAGGUCGAGGAUGCUCCACGUCCAGGACCCCGCUCAGGGGCCCGCCUUCGAGGGCCGUGGCCGGGGCCCCGUCGGUGGCACCUCUUCGUCCCCAUCCUCUUCUUCCUCGCUGCAGAACAGGAAACACGACAAGGACAGCAACUUCAACUUCCUGCCGCCGGGGGGGAAGAGCGAUGAGAACCGCAACCAGAACCACCAGGGGCGCCCGCGGAACCUGAGCCCCCUGGGCCGGGACCACCAGUCCUCGGGCCCCCCUCCCCCACCGGGGCCCCCCUCCUCCCCCUCCCACCACCUCCUCUCCCCCCUGUCCCGCUUCCCCUGCUGGAGCCCCCUGGAGCCCCUCCCCGAGAUCGAGAGCGGGGACGACAGCUCCGGCCGCGUGCCCCCCGACGGCGCCGAGGAGCGCGGCCCCCCGACGCCCGAGACCGGGGCCCCGCCCCGCCUGGGGGGAGGCCCCGCCCCCAAGGGCCCCGUGAUGACGGCGGCGAUGAUGAAGAACAUGAACCGCAACAACGAGAAGGAGCGGGUCCGGGAGGUCAGAGGUCAGCAGGGGGAGGAGCAGGAGGAGGAGGAGGGGGAGGAGGAGGGGGAGGACCAGAGGGACGAUGAAGAGCGCGUGAGGGAGCUGGAGGACGAUGACGAGUGGGGCGACAGCGGCUCCGACCUCGAGCUGAGCUACCGCUCCGGGGGCAGUGUGUCCUCGCUCAACCUGCAGAGCGGCGAGGACGGAGGGGGCGGAGUCCUCCUCCCGGGCCCCUGGGACCGCAUGGGCGUCGGCCAACCCAAGGCCCCCCCCCACCUCACGGAGCCACCACCAGGCCCCCCCACCGCCGCCACCGCCGCCUCCGCCGCCUCCGUGCACGCUAGCGCUGAGAGAGGCGCGGCCAAUACCCAGAGAGGCGUGGCCACCAACGACAGAGGCGUGGCCACCACCGAGAGAGGCGUGGCCAACAAGGAAAGAGGCGUGGCCCCAACCACGCGAGUCAUGUCCCCGCCGAGCAAACACGACCGCGUAGACGACGACGAGUCCGACGGCCAGAGACCCGUCGCGAUGCAGCGGCGACCCCCGCCGGGCGGCCGGGCCCUCCCGCUCCACCACCUCAUCGUCGAGGAAGAAGACGAAGAGGACGAAGACCGAGAGGAGGAGGAGGAGGAGGAGGAGGAGGAAGAGGAGCGGGCCCGUCGCCAGUCGUCGGACUCGGAGGGCGAGCCCCUGCUGGACACGGCUUGGACGCUGCGGGAGCGCGAGCGCUUCAAGGCCCAGGAGAUGGAGCGCCACCAGGUGCAGCUCACCAUGUACCGCCGGCUGGCGCUGAUCCGCUGGGUGCGCACGCUGCAGGGCCACGUGGCCGGCCAGCAGGACCGCCUCCAGGCCAGCUUCGACGUCGUCCUCACCCACCGCAAGGAGCUGCUGCGCAUGGGCGCCGCCGCCGCCGCCACCGGGGGCGUGGCCGGGGGCGUGGCCUCCGCGGCCGCCCCGCCCCCUGUCAACACGGCCGUGGUCGGCCAGUCGUAGAGGAGGAAGGAAAGGAGGGCGUGGGGACGGAGGGGUGGAGGGUGGGAGUCGAGGAGAACAUUUUUUUCUUAGCGCUUGCUAAGAGGCGGACUGAUUUGUUCUCGACUUGGAACCAAGAUGGCCGCCGUUUGAUCUUGACCUUUUGAAACUGGCAAUCAGGUUUCCUUUCAGGGUUAGUGUUGGUGGUUCCUCAUUGGUGGAACCCAUUCAUUAAUGUUCCCUUCCAGAGUCUAUAUCCCCCGAUGUGUUCCUGUUGUCUGUAAAUAUGAGUGUAAUAUCCGAUAUCAAUCUAUGGCAGUCAUCGCUCACUGGAACCAAACGCCCUGGCCAGGCCCUGAAUUAUCUCCAUAAAUCUGUAUAUGAAAUGUCUAUCAAAGAAAAAGCAUGCAUGAUGAUUAAAGAUAUAUAUAAUAUAU